AUGUGGGAACAUGGCUCUGAAACUCCCAAGGAUCCUGCUAUUCUUUCUGAUGAGGGCUCUCAUGUGGAUGAUGGCGAUGAGAAUCCUGAGCGUGGAAACUGGACCAACAAGACAGAGUACAUGCUCUCUAUGAUAGGCUUUGCUAUUGGCCUGGGAAAUAUCUGGAGAUUUCCAUAUCUAUGCUAUAGGAAUGGAGGCGGUGCCUUUCUCAUUCCCUAUUUCCUGAUGUUGGUUUUAUGUGGGAUUCCUCUUUUCUUCCUUGAAAAUGCUGUCGGUCAGUUCUGCAGCCAAGGUCCCAUCAACAUAUGGAGAGCAGUGCCACUGCUGCAGGGUGUUGGCAUUGCAGUGGUUGUUGGAAACACAAUUAUUGCAAUUUCUUAUAACGUGAUCAUCGCUUACAGCCUGUACUACAUGUUCGCCUCCUUCCAGUCUCCUCUGCCCUGGUCCAGCUGCUUCAGCUGGGCAAACAGUAACUGCAGCAGCACACCUAUAGUGCACUGUAAUAUAAGUGGUGUUAUAGUGGCCAACUGGACUCAUGAAAACAGCACGUGUCCUUCAUCCAACUUGAUCACGGUUCCAGUGCAGAGCCCGAGUGAGCAGUACUGGGAUGUUGUGGCUCUGCAGAGGUCCAGUGGACUGGAUGAAACAGGACCAGUAGUUUGGCACUUGGCCCUCUGUCUGCUGCUGAGCUCCAUCAUUGUUGCUGCAGCGCUCUAUAAAGGCAUCAAGUCAUCAGGCAAAGUUGUGUAUUUCACAGCUAUAUUCCCUUAUGUGGUGAUUCUGAUCCUGCUGAUCAGAGGCGUGACACUAGAGGGAGCCAGAGAAGGAAUAGAGUACUACAUUGGUUCCCAGUCCAACUUGACUAAACUUAAAGAAGCACAGGUCUGGAGAGACGCUGCAACUCAGACAUUUUUUUCCCUGUCCAUUGGUUCGGGCGGAAUUGUGGCUCUUGCUUCUUAUAGCACCUUCCACAACAACAUGUUCCUGGACUCAAUUAUUAUAUCGCUCUUCAACCAUGUUACCAGUGUGUUAGUAGGCUUCGCCAUCUUUUCAAUUUUGGGUCAUAUGGCGCAUGUCUAUGGAAAGCCUGUUGGAUCAGUGGUGAAAGAAGGAUUUGGCCUGGCAUUCAUUGCAUAUCCCGACGCUUUAACUAAGCUUCCUAUUUCUCCUCUUUGGUCUUUCCUGUUCUUUUUUAUGCUUUUCAUCGUUGGCCUGGACUCUCAGUUCACAAUGUUAGAGGUGAUCAACACCAGCCUGUUGGAUGCCUUUCCUGAAUUCUUCAAAUCCCGACAUGCCUUAUUUGCUAUAGGGACGUCCGUCUGUGUCUUCCUGUUGGGCCUGCCAUGUGUCACAAGGGCAGGAAUAUACUGGGUGACUCUUCUCGACAAGUUCUCUGCCAGCUGGGUUCUGAUCAUUUUGGCUCUUUUUGAGCUCAUUGGCUUCUGCUACAUAUAUGGAGGGAACCGUUUAAUUAAAGACAUUGAGAUGAUGCUUGGGGAAAAGAGCUCUUGCUUCUGGGGGUGGUGGAAAGCAUGCUGGUUCUUCAUCAGCCCCUGUAUCAUGGUGGUGAUCCUGGUCUGGUCUUUUGUAACCUAUAAGUCACCCACCUAUGGAAAGGUCAAGUACCCUCAGUGGGGUUUGGCUCUGGGGUGGUGCAUCUUGGUGUUCAUCGUUAUCUGGAUUCCUGUGGUUGCUGUGUAUAAGCUGAUGAGAGCAGAGGGAAGUCCCUGGAAGCGGCUGAAGUCACUGUGCUCUCCCUCUAAGGAAUGGCAUCCGUACCUGGACGUCCAUCGAGGAGAGCGCUACUCAAAAGAACCAUUUGUCAAAGAUCAUUAAAUACAUUUUAACUUCUAGUUCACUGAUAUACACGGAUAUACUUAUAAUGUUUUACAACACCCAUUUUAGUUUAGGCUAAUGGGUGACCUGUAUCUGCAUUUUAUGUAUUUAUUGUGUAUUUCUAUCAGUAUUGCAUUUGUUAAGUAUUGUUUUUAGUGUUUUUCUUUUUAAGCGUGAGGCUUAAGCCAUCACCCUUGUUAAGCAAAUUGAAUUUUUUGUUGUGAAAAGUGCUCAUUGAUUAGGUGAUAACCCUGAUGUUGUCAGUGAUUCAGGAGGAACACAGCACGUGUUGCAAACAGCUCCAGGCUUUCAUGUGCUUUGAAUGUGCUUACACGUGUCUUUUCAAUUGGUCAGCUUUUGUCAAAGCUUUACACCCACAUACUGCAUGUGCUCAUGAAAAAGCUAAUUUUGAGCCACCUCCUCAAAGCUUUGCUGCUAUUGGUGAAUUCAAGAGUUCACUUACUAUUAGCUGCUGCUGUGAUGUGGGUUUAUGUUCAGUUUUUUCUUUUUCUUUUGUCUUUCUUGUCCUAAAGGAUUUAGGAAAUCUGCCUCAUUAUUAACAUACCUGAGGACUCAGUUUCACUUAAAGAGACGAUGUUCGAAUGUUAAUAGUUUGAAGAGUCAAAUCUGAAGAAUGGUUGCAUUUAAUUACGCAAAACCUAAUUUGGAUAAUCAGAUUUAUCUGUUAGAGGAGCGACUGAACUCAAAAUGGAAGUCAAUUAUAAUGUUUUAAUAGAGGCAUUAAGUCAUGGAUAAUAGAGAAACAACAUUGUUCUCACAGCUAAUUGCCCUGUAUGCUCUAUAUGUAUGUUCUAUUAAAACAGCCUCCUGUGUUUCUCUACAAACGCUGAACACUAAUGCUACACAUUUCAAGAAUUUCAUCUGGUAGCCAUCUAGCACAACUGUUCUCAACCUUUUUCAUGUCAAGGACCCUUGAAUUAUUACACAGAACUCAAUUUUUACAAGAUUUUGCUUCAACUCAACUCAAAUGACUGCAAGCGUUCUUCCAUUUAAUAUGAUAAGUGAUUGGCUCCCUACGGCAGUUGAGCGUGAUGUAUUUGAUGCAAUAAUGUCAUUAAAUUGUGCAAUAAUCAUA